UGUAACCAACAGGUGCCGGCAUCUCGGGUCCCAGUAUAAAGGGACUCCACUCUAGCAUCAAGUCAGUCUCCUCCAAAGUCGCUCCUACGUUCUUGCCAGGGACAUUACCACAAGCCUUCACAAUGACGGGUAAACGGAGCACACUUCAGCUUCUGUUACUGAUAGGCGGCUUUGUUGUCGUCCACAGCCAACAGUUUCCCAACUCCUUUCCAGGAGGCCCAAGAGGGCAAGGUAAUCAAGGUCAGUGCCCCCAGGGUCAAGGACAGGUGUUUUUGCCCGAUCCUAGCGGCAACUGCAGCCGUUACCUGAACUGUUUUAAUGGCGAGGGUUCACUGUCCGACUGCCCGCCCUCCCUGGUCUUCAACCCACGGAACAACAUCUGCGACUGGCCGGCCAGCGUGCAGGGCUGUGAGAGAGUAGCUGCCAGUGACCGAUACUCUUCACUGUGCGCCGUGCAGCCUCCUCCCGGGGUGCAGCCAGGCCAGGCCUUCAACGUGCCCCACCCGAGCUACUGCAACGGCUUUUUGACGUGCGGCAACGGUCAGGUGUUCCGGCCCUGCGUCAUCUGCGCCUUCGGCUCCUACUUCCCUGACGGCUCCCUCACCUGUGAGCCAUACCCUCCAUCCAUCCCGCUCAGCAUCCCUCCAGGAACGGACCCUCGCCAGAUGCUAGACAUUCUGGAGUCGCAGUACCGCCAGCAGCCCACGUGUCAGCAGCGCUCCUACGUCCCGUACGCCGGCAUCGUCAACACCAGGGCCUACGACCCCAACUGUGUCCCAGAGUCCCUUCUGAGCGCCCCCGGCCAGCCCCAGCCCCAGCCCCAGCCCCAGUACCCGUACCAGCAAGGUCGUUAACAGACGAGACAAGAUGGACGCACUUCCCAUCCUGCUUGUCUUCCACAUCCAUCGCUACAUGAACCACCCUGGGGUCUGACUUCUCUUGAUUCUGUUUAUUGAACAAACUGAAACUUGUAUGAACUUUCAUCGAGACAUCCUUGUAUUGCGAUGUCACCUUUGUCAACUGAUCUCUAUACCAGUAACCUGGUGUAACAAUGAAUGGAGGACAAUCCUUAAGACAAAGUAUGGUUUUAUUAAAUGUUUGUGUUAAAAAAAAUCCUUCGGAAUAGUAUUUAAAUGUAUAAAAGAAUAUCUGUUCUUCAUUUCAAAAUUAUUCGGUAGAAUUGUUGUGAAGUGCACAACAGUCACUGAAUCCCUGUCACACCUCAUUGUAAGCUGAGUGCUGUGACUACUAGCAGAUCCUUAUCUCCAGGCUACAAGUUACACUUCCAACAAGUUUUUUUUUCGUGUUUAUUUCGUCUCCAUCUUUUAUUGAGAGAGUAACUCAGUUGGCUGGUUACGUUUGUCUCACUUCUCUCUCACUCACACAAACACACAAACACAAAUAAAAAUGAAAUAAAAAAUAAAAGCUCUCUUAAGAGCAUGUCAUACCCGUCAGGGUGAUCUGCUAAUUGGAACAUGCUGAUGUUUGCUGACAGGUAGACACCUGUAGGUGAGAGUAAAUGUAGAAAUGUAGCCUCACAGUGUAACACCUUUAUACGUAUCACUUGUCUAGUAAACAUUACCUUCAUGUGUAUCAGUUGUCUGGUAAUUAUCACCUGCCACGUGUGUGUUACUGAUCUACACUUCAAAGUAUUUAGUUUAAAUAAAAUAUUUGCAAGUU